UGACCUGGAAACCUUAUUGGCCAUCGGGGUUUCUGAGGCGCCGGCGCAAAGCAGAAGAGAGGCGGGUUCGCGGUGGAGCAAGGGCGGUCGGCUGAACCCUCUGGAGGUCUUCAGGUGGGCGUCGGUGCUUCCCAGCAGGUGAUGGCGUCCCCGGUGGCCUAGAAGUCCUGCGCCCGCGGCCCGCCGCUGACAGCCCUCCUUCCGUUGUGUCUUGUGGCCAAGACUCCGGGUUACUUUGAACAUGUUGAUGCCUCUAUCCAAGCUGUCCUGCCCGGGCUAAACUAGGGCAAAAGUCAGCGCUGGUGGACCCCGGCUUCCUGUCCUUCAAGUUGCCCCAGUUGGAAGAAUUAACAACUAGGUUAAAGGUCAUGGGCGGAGGAACGUUGUCUACACGUCCCACUCCUUGGAGUCUUCCCAAAUCCUGGCCCUAGUCCUUAUCCCAAGGCCCAGCCAUGCUGGUCCCGUCUUAAUAUGAAGUCUGAUGUGUCACAUCAUGUUAACAUUCAUGUGCUGCCCAUGUCACCAGUUAUGUCUGGAGCCGGGAGUUUUUCUGUACUGUCUUCAUUUAACUCUAGGUGCUUCUGUUAUGAGUCCUUAACGCAGUUGGCAUAUCAGUGUUUUCAUGCCCUAAAAAUUAAGAAAACGUACCUACCUCUGUGUGCCACAAGAUGGUCUUCAACCUCUGUUGUACCUCGAAUUACUACCCACUAUACCAUUCAUCCCCGGGAUAAAGACAAAAGAUGGGAAGGAGUGAAUAUGGAGAGAUUUGCAGAAGAAGCAGAUGUGGUUGUGGUUGGUGCAGGCCCUGCGGGGCUCUCUGCAGCUAUUCGCCUGAAGCAGCUGGCUGCUGCACAGGAAAAGGACAUCCGUGUGUGUCUGGUUGAGAAAGCUGCUCAGAUAGGAGCGCAUACACUCUCAGGGGCUUGCCUUGAUCCAGCUGCUUUUACAGAGCUCUUCCCAGACUGGAAGGAGAAGGGGGCUCCACUUAACACUCCCGUAACAGAAGACAGAUUUGCAAUUUUAACAGAAAAGUAUAGAAUUCCUGUGCCAAUCCUCCCAGGUCUUCCAAUGAACAAUCAUGGCAAUUACAUUGUGCGCCUGGGACAUUUAGUGAGCUGGAUGGGAGAACAGGCAGAGGCCCUUGGUGUUGAAGUUUACCCCGGAUAUGCUGCUGCUGAGGUCCUUUUUCAUGAAGACGGUAGUGUAAAAGGAAUUGCCACUAAUGAUGUAGGAAUACAAAAGGAUGGUGCACCAAAGACAACAUUUGAGAGGGGACUAGAACUACAUGCUAAAGUCACAGUUUUUGCAGAGGGUUGCCAUGGACACCUAGCCAAGCAACUAUACAAGAAGUUUGAUUUGAGGGCCAAUUGUGAGCCCCAGACUUAUGGGAUAGGUCUGAAGGAGUUAUGGAUUAUUGAUGAGAAGAAAUGGAAACCUGGGCGAGUAGACCACACUGUUGGCUGGCCCCUGGACAGGCAUACUUAUGGAGGCUCUUUCCUUUAUCAUUUAAAUGAAGGCGAACCUCUAGUAGCUCUUGGGUUUGUGGUUGGUCUGGACUAUCAGAAUCCCUACCUGAGUCCAUUUAGAGAGUUCCAGAGGUGGAAGCACCAUCCCAGCGUGCGGCCCACACUGGAAGGCGGGAAGAGGAUCGCCUAUGGAGCCAGAGCACUCAAUGAAGGCGGCUUGCAGUCUAUACCAAAACUCACCUUUCCUGGUGGCUUACUAAUUGGUUGUAGCCCUGGUUUCAUGAAUGUUCCCAAGAUCAAAGGUACUCACACAGCAAUGAAAAGUGGAAGCUUGGCAGCAGAAUCCAUUUUCAAUCAACUAACUAGUGAAAAUAUCCAAUCAAAGACAACAGGACUCCACAUAACUGAGUAUGAGGACAAUUUGAAGAAAUCAUGGGUAUGGAAAGAGCUACAUUCUGUUAGAAAUAUAAGGCCAUCUUGCCAUGGGCUCCUGGGAAUAUAUGGAGGGAUGAUUUACACUGGAAUAUUUUACUGGAUAUUGAGAGGAAUGGAGCCAUGGACUCUAAAACAUAAAGGCUCCGACUCUGAUCAGCUCAAACCAGCCAAGGAUUGUACACCUAUUGAGUAUCCAAAACCUGAUGGACAGAUCAGUUUUGACCUCUUGUCAUCUGUGGCUUUGAGCGGUACAAAUCAUGAACAUGACCAGCCAGCACAUUUAACCUUAAAGGAUGACAGCAUACCUAUAAAUAGAAAUCUGUCAAUAUAUGAUGGGCCUGAGCAGCGAUUCUGCCCUGCAGGAGUUUAUGAAUUUGUUCCUUUGGAACAAGGUGAUGGAUUUCGAUUGCAGAUAAAUGCUCAGAACUGUGUGCACUGUAAGACAUGUGACAUUAAAGACCCAAGUCAGAAUAUUAACUGGGUAGUACCAGAAGGUGGAGGAGGACCUGCUUACAACGGCAUGUAAAACACACGACUUCUUUGUAACAGACACUAAAUAACCCGUUUCUUUACCAUGUGUAAAUGUAGGCCAAACUAACUUAAGUUGCUUAGAUAACCUCUAAACAAGUGCCCUUCAAAAAUUACUGAGGUAAAAAAUUUUUUAUGUAAAAUUAUCCCAUAAAAAUCAUUAAAUUUCUCAAAUAAAACUUCAUAAAUGA